AUGUUGCCUUUCCUCCUUAAUCCCAAUUUUCAUUCCCUAACUCGCCUUUUAAUCCCAAUUUUUCCAUACUUUGUUUUUGUUCAUUAUAACAUAAUAUUAUUACUUUUAUGUUUCAUCUUCAACUCCUACAUAAUCUAUUAUUAUUAUGAUUAUUAUUAUUCCUUUUCUUCUUUCCUCGUCCUAUUAUUAUUACUACUCCUUUUCCUCUUCCCUUCACACCAUUAUUACUAUGCCUUUUCUCCUUCCCUCGCAUCCUAUUAUUAUUAUUAUACCUUUUCUCCUUCCCUCGCAUCCUAUUAUUAUUAUUAUACCUUUUCUCCUUCCCUCGCGUCCUAUUAUUAUUAUUAUACCUUUUCUCCUUCCCUCGCAUCCUAUUAUUAUUAUUAUACCUUUUCUUCUUCCCUCUCAUUAUUUUAUUAUUAUGCCUUUUCUCUUUCCCUCUCAUUAUUUUAUUAUUAUGCCUUUUCUCUUUCCCACUCAUUAUUUUAUUAUUAUGCUUUUUCUCCUUCCUUUUCAUUAUUUUAUUAUGCCUUUUCUCCUAUUAUUUUUGUUAUGAGUUUUCUUCUUUCCUCUCAUCCUAUUAUUAUUAUUCCUUUUCUUCUUCUCACUCAUCAUUUUAUUAUUAUGCCUUUUCUCCUACCCUCUCAUACUACUGUUAUUCUUUUUCUUCUUUGCACUCAUCCCAUUAUCAUUAUUAUUAUUUUUUCCUCAUCCAUUAUUAUUAUUAUUACUUCCUGA